CUGAUCACUGCAGCAGGAGCUAUUGCAUCACUAUCAUAUGGCAGAAUGUUGAAAGAUACAUAUGUUCUCACUCUGGCCUGCAGCUACUAACUUACCGCCAUUUUGGUUCUCUUUACAAAUAUGUGGUCACUUUGUAAAUACAGUAUGUCUCACAAAUGCCUUGUCUGUCAGUUAAAUGUAUUAUGUAACUUUAUCUAAUUUAACACUGGUCUAAUAACACAGCAACGUCAUGUGGGUGCAGUUGCUGAUGGACACAUUUUUGAUUAAUAUUGCAUCUGAUGAAAGUCUUUGAAGGUGUAUCUUCCAUUUCCACAGUAUUCUCUUUCUGUUCUCCAACAUUAAACUCUUCUUUGUCUCCUCUGGAGUUGAUGACAGUGGAUACAAGCAGUGACUCAUAGAUCUGGAUUCAUUCAAAUGAACACACAAGUAUGCAUACUUGUUCUGCAUACAUGUUUUGUACAUGAAAUUAAGAAUCCCUCCGCCCUCCGUCCCUCGCACUUUUUACAGCCGUUACAACGGUUCAAUUCGUUUUUAACAUGUGGUAACAUGUUUUUCCGAGCCGUCUUUAAACGCACCAUGAGUAGACGGCGCCAGACGCUGACACAUGCUGUGGUGUUGUGAUCUGAAUCAAGGGCACAGACCAGACGUGUGCUGCAGGGCAGUGCAGCAAACCAGCCAGCAAGAAGCAAAAAGCCCCGCACAGUUUCUUCCAAACAAACGGUAAAGAGCAGGGUCAGGGAGGAGACAGUGGACCAGAGGCCAGCAAGGAUGAUCAUGCAGGGUUCUUACAGAGAAAAGGGAGGAGCUGCAACCUUCGAAAGGGUGAGAGGAAAGGGAAGUGAGGGGGAACUGAAGACUGUGGCUGGACUGACCUUAUAAUUCCCUUACACUUGCUUUCUUGUUCGUUACCAGUCAUUUUCACAAUGAAAACAAUCUGUGCGUACUCUUGUCUUCUUUUCGCUGUGAGUUUUGUGGAGAUGAAGCCUCUCAGCAUAACUGGCCAUGUUGGGAAAAGUGUUGAAAUCAAAUGCUCAGACUGGGAUGCUUGGACUGAUGUAAAACAUAAUGUUAAGUACUUUUGUGACAGUCCAUGCACAGAAGACAAACACAUCAUCGUCAAAGCAGAAUUUGGAAAGACUAAAAAAUAUAAAAACAGAAUAGAGGUAACUAACUCAGCAGAAGGUUUUUUUGUGACCUUGACUAAUCUCCAAGAGUCAGACUCAAAUACAUAUUACUGUGGAGCAGAGAAAUUUGGCCGUGAUUCAUACAUAAAGGUCAAUCUUAAAGUCACAAAAGCUGAGUCUUCUAGUCCCAAGACAACUCCAAAAAAAGUCACUGCUGGUCCCACUCUCUCAUGUGCUGUGACAGACGACUCCAUCACGUCCUCAAACAGCUCAGAUAAUAUGACUGAUGUGUCUACGUCUCAAACAACCCUGAAUACAAUGUUGCCUACUGCAUCAGCAACAGGAGGAGCAGGACAUGCACCAUAUCUGAUUUUAGGUGUCAUCGUCCUAACAGCCACCCUUGUGGUCUUACUGAAGUUUAUGUGCAAGAUGAUGAAGCAACUGAAAGUUGUGUCAAGUGCUGGUGCACCACAAGAAGAUGCACAAGAGGGUGUUGAAUAUGAUGAAAUCAGACCUGAGACCCUGACUGAUCCAGACUGUCUCUAUGCCAAUUAUUCCUACCAGCAACACACUGAAUUAACAGCUGAGAGCUCUUCAAAAGACGUGUCUUCAAAUUCAGCUUCCAGGUGUGAGGUCAGUUCAAGGGGGCCAUGUGCGGAGAGCAGAGGCACAGAUCCCCAGUGUGACUUGGUGUACUCUGUUGCUCAACUACCCAAAGUGCAAAUUGAACCCACUGGGCAAUCUGAGUCAAAUCAAUUCGCAAUUGAAAAUGACUCUUUCCAUUCCCUGGCUCAGCUGCCACAGGCAACCUGAAGGAGGCUGCUGUGGUCAGAAGGAACUUUCUCUAUUGUAUAUUUUUAUGAAACUGUAGAGAUAUUAUGUAACAGGACAUGGCAGGACAGGGAAGAGAAGAAAAGAGAAGAGAAGAGAGAAGAAGGAGCAAAUUAACAUCUGUACACAUGGCCUAGACUCUCUUCUAAUAUAUAUCCAGGCACAAUAUCACUGCUCUGUCUCCUGCCACUAGUCUGAUUAUCAUUGUCUGCUUUGUAACUCCAUUUGCUUUAUGAAACUGGCAUCAUGUUAGACACAGACAUCCAGACAAAAGAGUGCACAUAGACUCGUUCUCACUAAAACAUUGCCCAUAAAACUCAAUGAACAAAACUGGAAUCUGCUCGUGACACUGCUGGUGAUGCAGUCUGCAGUACAAAGCCUGAAGAAAUACAAGAACUGUUUUAUUUGAUAAGAUAUCCUAGACUCUGUGUGGAUGACCUUGAAUUUUCUUUUCUGAAAGUCAUCCUAAGUAGUACUUUACAUCUUUAGCUAAUUAUAAGCAGCAACACAUUGUUCAUUCUUUUUGUCUACUUUCUUUUUUAAUGUUUCUUAUGCUGCUUUCACUUGCACACACACGCACGCGUGCGCGCUCUCACACACACACACACACAUACACACACACACACACACACACACACACACACACACACACACACUGUACUUCUACACUUGUGAGGACCCUCAUUGACAUGUAUUCCCUGGUCCCUUAUCCUGACUUUAACCAACCAAAAGAAAAUCCAUGCAUACAUUGAAACUUAAUGUUUCAACAAUGCUGUGGUUAGGUUUAAGCACAAAAACCACUUGCUUAUGGUUAGGAAAAGAUCAUGUUUUGGCUUAAAAUAACCUGUUUAAGGGGCACAAUCUGAGCAGGAAAAGCAGUGAUGUCUUGGAAAAAAAAGAUCACAACAGCAUUUACGUGUAAUGGCACUGUCUCCACCAACGGGUCUCUUCAGAACACCCCCAUGGCCGAAGCAUAUAAAGCUGAUGGAAACAGGAUAACUGCAAAGCACCCGCAGUUGAAGAGCAUAUAGGAAAUGGAAAACAGUGAUUACAAAACACAUCUGGUUUCAUGUGUCAGUCUCGGUGGCUGCCAAGCUGCUGCAGUUUGGCAGCCAUUGCACCGAAGUGUCAUGCCAUCCACCAUAGCCUCCACCACCGGAUGACAAAGUCAGCCCACUUAUUAUAUCACUUUAGAAAUGGUAUGAUACACAUGAAACAUGCAAAUGUAGCACAUUCGUGGUUUGUAGAAACUUAUAAUGACAACGUCUCCUUCUGGUGAUGGAACUGCCUUAUCCAUUACAUUUAAAUUUUUAACCUUAACCCUUAUUCUCUUUUAAUCUAACUUAAUCCUAAUUAUAAACUCAAUGUUUAAAUUGAGUCUGAAACCUCACACAGGCCUUUGAAGGUCUGUCCAAAGGUGAGAGCUGGCUAAAACGUCUUCACUUUCCAAAAAUGUCCUUACUUGCAUCUUCUAAAACUCAAAUUGGUCCUCACAAAGAUAAAUGGACAAGUUCACACACACACACACACACACACACACACACGCACAGAUUAAGCCAAAACACUGAAAAGAAUGCUUGAUGGUGGGUAAUGCUUUCAUUAUAAAAGUUUGAAAUUUAUAUGUCGACUUAACAGUUCUUGUAAUGCCAUUAUAAUGUUGUUGACUAACCCUGUCCUCAGUACUGUAUGAUACCAGUCUGCUAUGUGGAAACACUGGUAUGACUGUCUUUUUUAAAUAUUGUAUGUUUGUCUGUCUUUUUUAAUGGACCUGGAGUCUAAAUAAAAAGGUUGAUUGAUUGAUUGAUUGAUUAGGGUCAACAGGAAAUGCAGCCAUCCAAAAAUAGUUGUGGUGUAUCUGCCUUUGCAACCACCAUGUAUCAAACAGAUCCACGAUGGAGCUUCCUCUGUAACAGAACACUCAGAGGAAGACCUUCUUCCCCAAAGCCACAUUACACAGCCCACAACUGUUCCACUUUCACAACUCACACUGGACCUCUAAAUGGAAAUCUAUUACUAUUCAAAUGUGAGGCACUGUCAGCCCACUUGUUUCUCUUUUUAAUAUCAAUAAUCCUCCAAUGUAUUCUAACGUAAAUAUAAAGUUAUUUGUGUUUGUGUUAUUUGUGUCUAAACUUUUACUUGUACAUGAGCUGGCCCUUUUGGCCCUUAUUUAAUUAUUUAGCACAGUCACAGAAGCAGAACUGAUGCUUUGUGUGAUGAAACCAAUCAGUAGAACCUUUGUGAACAUGUAUGAUAUUUAUAGAUAUAUUAGCCACAAGUGAAACUGAAAGUAGUUCUUUGCUUAGCUUUGUUUUUAGCCACCUUUUUGGUUUGCAUCUCUGUAUGAAGGGUGUUGUGCACAAAGUUG